AUGCGAUUCAGAAAACUCGCUGAAAAAAUACAAAUAAUCCAGGUCUAUAUUCCUGCUGUGUUGAGAUUAGUGGGACAAAUUAUGCUAAAUAAUCUGCUAAAUUCCUGUGCUUUUUCAAAUGUCCCGAAAAGAUUUUCCUUAAAAACGAUGUCUACUUUGGUGUAUCGUAACAAAAACCCAAGAAAUCUUGAACUUUUUGGUCUAGCACCGAAAACGAAAGGUUGGGAAUUUCAAGCUCCGCGAAAAGACUUCUGGAAUAAAGUAGUCUUAAAUAGAGAACCUCAUAAUACAACAGGUCUUGUUGUUCAUGCUUCUUCAAAAGUGCUGAUCUCUGCUUCAACUAAAGAAGUUAGCAUCAGAAAACAUUUAUAUAGUUGUAUUGAUGUUUCAGCUGCAGAAAAUGUUGGAAGAGUGUUGGCCUUAAGAUGCCAUCAAUGUGGUCUCACGGAGUUAUUUUCAGAAACGAGCGAGAUAUAUAAAGAAAACGAAAGCACUAGAGCUUUCUACGAGUCCUUGUUGAAUGGUGGUAUACAACUGAAGGAGACACCACCUAUUGAAGAGUUGGAUGCCAUUGGGAUAGAUUAUGACAGUAUGUCAGAUGAAGAAAAACGUGCUAUGUAUCCGAGCCUUAUUGAAACACUUCGUACUACACCCGACUGGGAUAACAUCUCUUAUCCGUAUUCACUUAGACCUAGAGCAGGUUCAUAUAAACUAAAAAGUCGUUAUCAAAUUCUUUCAAAAAUCCGUCAAGGUAUGGUAUGGGAUCCAUAUUACUCGAGAAUGGUGCAUCCACAAAACAAAGCUUAUUGGCAGCACGACUAUGAAGAGUUUCAAAAGAAGAAACUUGAGUCUUUGGGAGAUUUAAACAAGAGUGAAGAACCAGUUAAAACAAUUGUUCCAUCUAAGUGGCAGUUAAUGUAG